AUGCUUCUGGAUGCGGGGCCGCAGUUCCCGGCGCUGGGCGUGGGCUCCUUCGCCCGGCACCCUCCUCCUCCGUCGGCGGCCGAGAUGCAGGAGCGCGAGCUGAGCCUGCAGAACAGCUUCGUGGACUCGGCGGCGGCGGCGGCGGCGGCGCACCUGGGCGCCUUCAAGCUCAACGCGGCGGCGGCUGCGGCGGCGGCGCACGAGCUGUCUCCGGGCCAGGGCUCGGCCUUCAGCUCGCAGGCGCCCGCUUACCCGCACGCGGCCCAUGUGGGCUCCUACUCCGCGCCGCCCUUCAACUCCCCCAGGGACUUCUUGUUCCGGAGCCGGGGCUUCGGCGACGCGGCGGCGGCGGCCGGCGGCGGCCAGCACGGGCUCUUCGGGGCCGCGGCGGCGGCGGCGGCGGCCACGGGCAGCCUGCACCACCCGCACGCCGAGGCGCAGAGCCACCUGCUGUUCCCGGGCAUCGGCGAGCAGCACGGCGCGCCGGGCUCGCCCAACGUGCUCAACGGGCAGAUGCGCCUGGGCUUGCCCGGAGAAGUCUUCGGCCGCUCGGACCAGUACCGCCAGGUGUCCAGCCCGCGCGCGGACCCUUACUCGGCGGCGCAGCUGCACGGCCAGUACGGGCCCAUGAACAUGAACAUGGGCAUGAACAUGGCGGCGCACCACGCGCACCACCCGCACCAUGCCCACCCGCACCAUGCCCACCCGCACCACCACCAUCACCACCACCACCCGGGGGCCUUCUUCCGCUACAUGCGCCAGCAGUGCAUCAAGCAGGAGCUCAUCUGCAAGUGGAUCGACCCCGAGCAGCUGAGCAGCCCCAAGAAGAGCUGCAACAAAACUUUCAGCACCAUGCACGAGCUGGUCACUCACGUCUCCGUGGAGCACGUCGGCGGGCCCGAGCAGAGCAAUCACAUCUGCUUCUGGGAGGAGUGUCCCCGCGAAGGGAAGCCCUUCAAGGCCAAGUACAAGCUGGUCAACCACAUCCGCGUGCACACUGGCGAGAAGCCCUUCCCGUGCCCCUUCCCCGGCUGCGGGAAGGUCUUCGCGCGCUCCGAGAACCUCAAGAUCCACAAAAGGACGCACACAGGUCAGUCCACGAGGGAUUUCACGCUCUUUGCCGGCUCAGAAAGGGUGGUUGGUGGGUGUGAGAUUGUGGGGAAGGGAAGGGGGCAUUGCGACACAAAUGCAAAGCAGGAGAAUCCUUUCCCCCUAAACCUCCCCGUGCAUGCUCCCGCACACGAAUCUGCUUACUCGGAAUGGUGUUUAAUUUUGUCCAAACCCUUUAAAGGAAGUGAUGCUUUAUUUGAUCGUAAAAAAUAAACACGUAAAAAGUAAAAUAAAAUUGCUUCCAAAUGUCUGCCUUCUCUUAAGGCUCCCUGAACUGGGCCGGGCUCCUCGGGAUACUUAGGGGAGAUGCAGUGGGAUCAGAUACUUAGGGGAAAGUAAGAUACACUGGCAUCAGUCAGUUGCCAAGGGAGUCUCUCCUUCAGAGUGGGACGGCUCCCUUCAAAGAAGCAAAAACCGCCCGAGCAGAUAACUGGAAAUAUACGAAGGGAUCUUACAGGUUAAUCCUGAAGAGAAGCGAGUGUUGUUCCUGUCGGUAUGGUCUACUUUUAAGGAAAUCUGUAAAGCUGAGCGGCUGACUAGGAAGUCUCUUCCUUUGAAAUCCACCGGCUCCAUUUCCAAAUAUAUUCAGGUCUGAGGUGCUCCUGCAAUGAACGCUGCGUUUCCAGAAAAUGGGUAGUUUAAAAAGGCAUAGUUGUGCCGUUUUAUAAAUGUGAUGGUAGGAAUCUAAAACAGAGCUGAAUUUUACAUUUUGUAUUUUAGACCUAUAUUCUAGAAAAACUACCCUUAAGAGGGAGGGGGGGAGCUCUUUUCCUUUCUCCGCCCCCCUGGUCAUUUCACCGCGCUUUUCAGGGACUGCUUUCCAUUAAAUUGAAAUGGAGUGAGGCGGGACCAUAAAAUUUUCUCAUUUGCAAAAGUGUUUUGAAAGUCUGACUUGGGGCGCUGGAAGGCGGUUUUCCACUAGUUUAUUUUUUUGUUAAAGCAACAUGUAAUAAACAACAGAGUAUUUAAGGUUGAUAAACUUCCGGGGGUAGGAUUCCCCCCCCUCCUAACGCUGCCACCCCAAAAUGAGGACUAAUGGGUGAGAAAGGAGGCCGCGUUUCUCGGUGAUAGAAAUCGUGUGAGUCCAGGUAGUGGAAUCAAACAACUGCGUUUCCCAGGCUCCUAGAUAAUUCUACUUCAGCCGGCCAGAUUUCUACUGGAGCAUUUUUAUUUUUAUUUUUGGGGUCCGCACCCUACCCCGCCCCGGGGGAAAAAGAAGACCAGCAAAUAUUUGAGCGAUUUCCGGGCAUCAGUAUUGACUGAGAGAAAGGAGCAAAACUCUGUGAGCCUUUCUGGUUGUGUUGCUAAGAACGGGUUUAGGUGCGAGACGGGCUUUAACAAGGUUUAGCAAAUCCGAGACGUUGAUUUGCAUGGAGAUGGCCGCGUUUUGCGGGGGGGGGGGCUCUGAGCGGAUGUCUUUAAGGAACAAUUUAGGUGCUAAUGGAAUUUCGCGUUAAAUUGCGCGUCUCUCGCACCUCCGAUUUCAAGGGCGGGGGAAGGAUCCGGCGGUGGCUGUGUUUGAGUUCUCACACCUACAAAUUGCUCGGAAAUCUGGCGAAGGGGCGAAGAAGCUCUAGGAAAAUUCCAAGGGAGGGUUGUGCAUGUGUUUUUUGCUUCGGUUUCUCUCGCCCUCUUCGCCCCCCAUCAUCCCCAGCGGAUAUUUUGAGAACUGACUUCCAAUGUCCUUGCAUGAAAGGGGAAAAAAAUACUACAGAAGCCUGCUCAGAUGUGGAGUCGUUUGCGGCUUGACGCGGUUUAAACAGGGGGGUGGGGGGUUGGUUCUGGUCCGGUGGCUGUUUUUAAAUGCACGAACUGGAAAAGGCUCCUUGGCCUGGCUUUUAAAUGGAACACCAGUGGGAAUGAAAACAAAAUAAAUACGUAUCCCGAAAGAGACACACAAAUAUCUUUAUUGGGUUCCUUGGGGAAUCGCGCUUUUAAAAACAAUGACCACAGACCCGAGGACUUUCUUGAUUUCCCCCGUUUUCCCGUUUAGCUGGGACCCUGGCCCGGUAUUUCUUUCCGAAGCUGCGUAAUCCCUUGCACAACUCACUCAACUCAUUUCCCCCACAUCCUAAAUUCGACUGAGCCCCUGCGGAAUUCUCAGACGAACAUUUAAAGAUCAGAUGCCAAUGAAAAGAGGCACAUACGAAAAGGAGGUCGCUUUCCUUUAGCUGACCAAAAAAACCCCGAGCAUGUUCAAGUUUCUUCCAAGAUCUCACAGCCACUAGAUGUUUGUUUUAUAGUUCUUGGUAAAAGGUCGCUUUUUAGCUGCUAAGUGGGUUGGAACAGAAGCCAGCCGAGCGACUCGUUCGCACGCGCUUACGCCGAAUUGGCCUUUCCCCCUUCUGCUCCUUUGCAGGCGAGAAGCCGUUCCAGUGCGAAUUCGAAGGCUGCGACCGACGCUUCGCCAACAGCAGCGACCGAAAGAAGCACAUGCACGUCCACACUUCGGACAAGCCCUAUCUCUGCAAGAUGUGCGACAAAUCCUACACCCACCCCAGCUCCCUGCGGAAACACAUGAAGGUAAGCCGGAGAAGCGCGACAGGGCCUGGGAAGGGGGUGCCGAGGACGGGGCCACACACAGGAUGGCGGAGGAGGGUUUCACUGCUCCUGUAGCCCCAGGCUGCGGAGUUAUUGGGAAGCAAGUCCCGCUCAAACCGGAGUGGUUUCCCAAUAAACCUGCUUCAAACCAAAUUCCAAAGAAAAUGUUGUGUAUAGCCGGAAGAGAGGGACCUUUUGGGCUCCAACCCAGCUUCCUGAUCUGUUACUAACUCAGGGGGAUUUAUGCAACCUUACUAAAUGUAGGAUUUCAGCACUGGGGAAGGGUCGGCGGCGGUGCUGAGCCUAUUGAGCGUCUUGAAGGAAAGGAAACGGGUGGGAGAGAUCUGGGAGCCUUUUCUGUGUCCUUUCAAGCAAGUUGCUUAGUUUGCUUUCUCGCUGUUGGCCUGGCAGGUCCACGAAUCCUCCCCGCAAGGCUCCGAGUCGUCGCCCGCGGCCAGCUCCGGCUACGAGUCGUCCACUCCGCCGGGCUUGGUGUCCCCCAGCGCAGAGACCCAAAGCACAGCCGCCAGCAACCUGUCCUCUGCAGCGGCCGCCGCGGCUGCUGCUGCCGCCGCCGCCGCUGCGGCCGCAGUCUCGGCGGUGCACCGGAGCAGCAACGGCGGAGCGGGAGGAGGAGGCGGCGGCGGGGGGAGCUCGGGCGGCGGCGGAGGGGGCAGCGGCGGCGGCGGAGGAGCGGGCAGCGGCGGAGCCAGCGCCAGCCACGGCGGCCUCACGUCCAACUUCAACGAGUGGUACGUCUGA